GCAAAUAUUUUUCCUCUCCCACGUCAAACGACAAGGAGGGUGUGGACACUGGGACGUAGAGUCUUCAAUCCAGCUGCUAACUGUUUCUCUGUGUAAUAAUAUAUCCAGUUCGAAUCCAUUGGGAUUGUUCCACUGCUACUCUAUAGUGUAUAGUGUAGCUCAUCACUCCAGGUGUCCCCCUGACUGUAGCUGUUCUCUCCUUGCUGAGGGACGAAUGCUCUCCAGGCCACCCCUGCAUUUCUUUGGCUGUCUCCCUUGUGUAACCCAGUCCUCCCACUCCAGUCCCAUACCCAACACUCGGCGUGUGACUGGAAGUUAACAGAAGAAGAAAAGCAAGCCAUCAUGGAUGAUAUUUUCACGCAGUGCCGGGAAGGCAACGCAGUUGCUGUUCGCCUAUGGUUGGACAACACAGAGAACGACCUCAAUCAGGGGGAUGACCACGGCUUCAGUCCCCUCCACUGGGCUUGCAGGGAAGGCAGAUCCAGCGUGGUGGACAUGCUGAUCAUGAGAGGGGCCCGCAUCAACGUCAUGAACCGUGGAGACGACACGCCUCUGCACCUUGCUGCCAGCCACGGCCACCGUGACAUCGUGGGCAAGCUGAUCCAAUGCAAAGCCGACACCAACAACGCCAACGAGCACGGCAACACGCCGCUGCACUAUGCCUGCUUCUGGGGCCAGGACCUGGUGGCCGAGGACCUGGUGAUUAACGGAGCUCAGGUGAGCAUCUGUAACAAGUAUGGCGAAACCCCUCUGGAUAAAGCCAAACCUCACCUGCGCGAAGCCCUCAAAGAAAAAGCUGAGAAGUUGGGUCAGAGUUUGACCAAGGUUCCGUUCAAGGACUCAUUCUGGAAAGGCACCACCAGAACCCGACCCCGUAACGGCACUUUGAACAAAUCAGCGGGCAUUGACUACAAACAACUCUCCUUCCUGUCGAAGAUCAAUGAGAACCAGUCUGGAGAGUUGUGGCACGGACGCUGGCAGGGGAAUGACGUUGUGGUCAAAGUUCUGAAGGUUCGCGACUGGUCCACCAGAAAAAGCCGAGACUUCAAUGAGGAGUAUCCCAAACUCAGGAUAUUCUCCCACCCGAAUGUGCUGCCCAUGUUGGGAGCCUGCCAGUCUCCUCCUGCUCCUCACCCCGUUAUCAUCACACACUGGAUGCCCUAUGGCUCCCUCUACAACGUGCUGCACGAGGGCACCAACUUUGUGGUGGACCAGACGCAGGCGGUGAAGUUCGCCCUGGACAUCGCCUGUGGGAUGGCCUUCCUGCACACGCUGGAGCCCAUGAUCUCUCGCCACUCUUUAAACAGCAAGAGUGUCAUGAUCGAUGAGGACAUGACGGCGAGGAUCAGCAUGUCGGACGUCAAGUUCUCCUUUCAGUGUCCAGGCAGGAUGUAUUCUCCAGCAUGGGUGGCCCCUGAAGCGCUGCAGAAGAAGCCGGAGGACAUCAACCGGCGGUCAGCAGACAUGUGGAGCUUCGCCGUGCUGCUUUGGGAGCUGGUGACCAGGGAAGUGCCCUUCGCUGACCUCUCCAACAUGGAGAUCGGAAUGAAGGUUGCCCUGGAAGGCCUGAGACCCACCAUCCCCCCAGGCAUUUCGCCCCACAUCUGCAAGCUCAUGAAGAUCUGCAUGAAUGAAGAUCCAGCCAAGAGGCCUAAGUUUGACAUGAUCGUGCCCAUCCUGGAGAAGAUGCAGGACAAGUGAAAACCGGUUCCUCCGCCCGCCUUGAAUGACCCUCCUAAAGUCCCCGAUAUCUUUUCCCAGAUAUCAUCCAGAGAUGUGGUGCUUACCAGUAAUGCCUUAAACUCUUACUCUCACUACUUACCGCUGCUCUCAACGCCACUGUAACUCAAGCCUCUGAUAACGAAAACGGCAAUAGUCACUGAUUUUAGUCUCAAUUAUGGUUUUAUAUUUCACUGUCUUCUCUUGACUUGUCAAGACGAGCCAUUGUUAGUAUUUUCAUUCAUGACACUGUCUCAUCGCGUCCAUGCAGGAAGCUCAGAAGUGACUGUUCCGACUUGUUUUGUGGACUGAGUGCAAGCCUCUGUGACUGAAUAAUCUGUGGAGGUCAGGAUGACAGUAUGUCUGUGUCGCACUGCUUCCUUUCUUGACCUCUGAAGGGGGCUAAUUAUCUAGAGGUCAGCCACUGUAAAGCAUCCUGCCACAUAUUAUAACCGAUAAUGGAAACUCUUAAGACAACAAUACGCGUUGUAUUAUUCUAAAGCUUUUCUUGUAAGAAUUAGCAUGUAUGGCUAUUUCCCUGUGUUGUUUCAAGAGCAAAUUGUUUGUGUGCAAACCGGGUUGUAUGGCCGCUUCUGCUGUAAGGCUCUUUAUCCGACCAAGAAUUUCAUAGUCCGGUGUUCUUCAGGAAGAGCCGUGGAACCACUUGUUACAUGCAUACUUUGUGUUACAGUGUUUGAUUCCAACAGAUGUUGAGAUCUGAAAUAUCAUGCCUGACUUGGUAACCCAACAGCACAUUGCAUCAGACAUGCUCAAAUAGGUUUUUUGCAUUGCAUUAGCAUAAUGAUCUAUUGGGAAUGUUUUGUUAUCUCCAUGUUUUCUGAAUUCUCUGGCUAUAUUCAUAUGUGCCCCAACUCCCAACGUUUGACAGGAGAUUGAAGAUCUAAUGGAGAUUAAGGAGGUCACAUUCUGCAAUAUCUUACUUCAUUUGCUUUUUCACAUAACUGUAUUGUUUUACCCCUCCUAAGUCAUUUCCGUCUUUAUUGUCAUGUGUAAUUUGUUUUUUAACAUGCAUUCUUUUUGUGGCUCCACCAGCUUGCUUGUUUGUGCUCAGUCACAGGGGUAAAAGCCAAAACCAAGCAUGUCUUCUACAAAUGUAUGUAAUUUAUAUAUAAAUAUAUUAAAAAGAAACAAACAAAUCA